GAUCUCUUCCCGUGAUAACGCAAGAAGCUGGACCCUCAUUGACUUCCCUUCUCGACGUCGAGGCGAAGGAGAAGCCAGGACAUUUUGGAGGAGGAGGAGGAGCUUCUGACCUGACGCCAUGGAGGGCUCCCCCAGGGUCCUCCUUUCCCUGCUAGUGGCGGGAUUGGCAGUGGUCCCACACCUGGUCAACGCCAGAUCCCCGACCCCAAAUAUACACAUCUGCCACAGCCUGACCUGCCCUGAACAGGACGCCUUCUACGCGCACCCGACCUUCUGCACAGAUUACGUCCACUGCGUUGCCGGCGUCCCAUAUGUCAAGAAAUGCCCUUCCAACCUGAACUUCAAUGCGGUGAAAGGGGCGUGCGACCUCCCGAGGGACGCCCGCUGCACGCCCUUCAAGAAGUCAUGCGAGCUGACGAGCCCCUUCGUCCCAGGAGGCGCGACAGACGACCUCGUGACGUGUGACUGCGAAGGCCCCUGCAUCAAGCCGCACCCGUAUCGCUGCGAUGCCUUCUACCACUGCGACGCUGCUGGAGUGGAGCAUCUUACAGAAUGUCCCGGAGACUUGAUGUUCAACGCAAUGGUUGAACAGUGUGAUCUGCCGGAGAACACCAAAUGUGAGCCAGCGCCCACCUGCUCCUGCGACAACUGCCGUUACCCUUCGUCUGAAAUGUGCUCUGCUUACUGGCAGUGUGAGGGUGGCCAAGCAGUGCAACACUUCUGCAGUAGCGGCCUUCUUUUCAACCGUGACACCUCACAGUGCGAUCUGGCCAUCAAUGUAGACUGCAGCGAAGGGGCCUGGGAGCUAGGUGCUUUCCUGGAGACGGCCUGCGUUGACCGACGUUUGGACUGUCCAAAGUUUGUUAAGGAUGGAGGGUGCCAGUGCAGUGGGAGUAACUGUGACUGGCAGUCAUUUGUUCUCAGGAACUGUCCAAAGUCCUGUGGCAACUGCAAAGAAAACCAAAUUAUUAGCAAGAGGACAUUUGCCUUAGAAGAAAAAGGACCUAGAAAAAAACAUCAUGGAAGCAAAGAGUCUGGAAGCAAAGAGUCCGGAAGCAAAGAGUCAGGAAGCAAAGAGUCUGGAAGCAAAGAGUCCGGAAGCAAAGAGUCAGGCAGUAAAGAAUCUGGAAGCAAAGAGUCCGGAAGUAAAGAGUCAGGAAGUAAAGAGUCUGGAAGCAAAGAGUCCGGAAGCAAAGAGUCAGGAAGUAAAGAGUCUGGAAGCAAAGAGUCCGGAAGCAAAGAGUCAGGAAGUAAAGAGUCUGGAAGCAAAGAGUCCGGAAGCAAAGAGUCAGGAAGUAAAGAGUCAGGAAGUAAUGAAAGCCACAAACCAGGCCACAGUCAUGAAUCAGGAAGCCACAGCCAUGAAUCAGGAAGCCACAGCCAUGAAUCAGGAAGCCACAGUCAUGAAUGUGGUGGUAAUGGUGGAUCUGGUAACGGAGGAGGAAACGGCAACGGAGGAGGUGGAAGUGGAUCAGGAGGCGGAGGAGAAGGAGGCAACGGUGGAGGUGGAGGCAGUGGAAGUGGAGGAGGUGAUGGUGGAAAUGGCGGCAAUGGAGGAAGUGGAGGUGGAGGAGGUGGAGGCAGUGGAGGUGGAGGAGGUGAUGGUGGAAAUACCGGCAAUGGAGGAAGCGGAGGUGGAUCAGGAGGCGGAGGAGAUGGAGAUUGUCAAGAUAACGAACUUGACUGCUUGUACUGGGCAGCAAACAAUGACUGCAUCUGCAAGCCCACGGAUGGAGACUGCUCAUGGCAAUAUUAUGUGGCUACAACCUGCCAAAAGAGCUGUGGUACCUGUGGAAACGGAGGUGGCGGUGGAGACGGCGGUAAUGGAGGUGGAGACGGUGGAAACGGAGGUGGCGGUGGAGACGGCGGUAAUGGAGGUGGAGACGGUGGAAACGGAGGUGGAGGUGGAGACGGCGGAAGCGGAGGUGGAGGUGGAGACGGGGGAAACGGAGGUGGCGGUGGAGACGGCGGAAAUGGAGGAGAUGGUGGAAACAUCGACGGCUGCGUCAUUGACUGCUCCCUCGGAAAGUAUCUUCCACAUCCAACUGACUGCCGCAAGUUCAUCCAGUGUGCUCCGUAUGGUCCUGAAGAGAUGCCUUGUGCCCCUGGAACGGUCUGGAACCAACAGAAACUCACCUGUGAUCACGAAUGGGCUUCUCCGUGUGUGACAGGCAGCUACUUGACUCCAGAAGGUCUGCCAUGUGGAGGAGGUAGUGGUGGAAAUGGAGGUGGAGGUGGCGGAGAUGGUGGAAACAUCGACGGCUGCGUCAUUGACUGCUCCCUCGGAAAGUAUCUGCCACAUCCAACUGACUGCCGCAAGUUCAUCCAGUGUGCCCCGUAUGGUCCUGAAGAGAUGCCUUGUGCCCCUGGAACGGUCUGGAACCAACAGAAACUCACCUGUGAUCACGAAUGGGCUUCUCCAUGUGUGACAGGCAGCUUCUUGACUCCAGAAGGUCUGCCAUGUGGAGGAGGUAGUGGCGGAAGCGGAGGUGGAGGUGGAGAUGGCGGAAACGGAGGUGGAGACGGCGGAAACGGAGGUGGCGGUGGAGACGGCGGAAAUGGAGGAGAUGGUGGAAACAUCGACGGCUGCGUCAUUGACUGCUCCCUCGGAAAGUAUCUUCCACAUCCAACUGACUGCCGCAAGUUCAUCCAGUGUGCCCCGUAUGGUCCUGAAGAGAUGCCUUGUGCCCCUGGAACGGUCUGGAACCAACAGAAACUCACCUGUGAUCACGAAUGGGCUUCUCCAUGUGUGACAGGCAGCUUCUUGACUCCAGAAGGUCUGCCAUGUGGAGGAGGUAGUGGCGGAAGCGGAGAUGGUGGAAACAUCGACGGCUGCAUCAUUGACUGCUCCCUCGGAAAGUAUCUUCCACAUCCAACUGACUGCCGCAAGUUCAUCCAGUGUGCCCCGUAUGGUCCUGAAGAGAUGCCUUGUGCCCCUGGAACGGUCUGGAACCAACAGAAACUCACCUGUGAUCACGAAUGGGCUUCUCCGUGUGUGACAGGCAGCUACUUGACUCCAGAAGGUCUGCCAUGUGGAGGAGGUAGUGGUGGAAAUGGAGGUGGAGGUGGCGGUGGAGACGGCGGAAACGGAGGUGGAGACGGCGGAAACGGAGGUGGCGGUGGAGACGGCGGAAAUGGAGGAGAUGGUGGAAACAUCGACGGCUGCGUCAUUGACUGCUCCCUCGGAAAGUAUCUUCCACAUCCAACUGACUGCCGCAAGUUCAUCCAGUGUGCCCCGUAUGGUCCUGAAGAGAUGCCUUGUGCCCCUGGAACGGUCUGGAACCAACAGAAACUCACCUGUGAUCACGAAUGGGCUUCUCCAUGUGUGACAGGCAGCUACUUGACUCCAGAAGGUCUGCCAUGUGGAGGAGGUAGUGGUGGAAAUGGAGGUGGCGGCGAUGAUUGUCCAUUGUCGUGUCCAGAAAAGGAAGGUCUUUUCCCUCAUCCCCGGGAUUGUAAGAAAUGGAUUCAUUGUUCUCACAGUAUACCUUUUGUCAAGAAGUGUCCCUUCCAUCUUCAUUUCAAUCCCGUCCUACGAGUAUGUGACUGGCCAUAUAGAGCUCAGUGUAUCGCUACUCCUGAUGCUGACUGCCAGAUUCCAGAGCCUGUGCUUCCAACGGAGCCUCCUAAUGUGAAGCCUGACAUUUGUGACUGUGAGUGCUGCCUCAGACCUCAUCCUGAGGACUGCACAGCCUACUAUUACUGCGAGCCAAAUGCAAGCGCCGAAUUCCACACCUGCUCCGAAGGGCUUGUGUUCAACCCACAGUUAAGUCAGUGUGUUCUUCAAGUAGAUUACCCACAGUGUCAGCCUGAGAAACCCCCAACAUGCGAUCCUACAUGCGAAUGUCUGUACCCUGCUCAUACCUGCUCAGAAUACUAUAAGUGUAAUGGUGAUGGUAUUCCUGUUAAAUAUGAGUGUACAGGAGGGCUUUACUUCAAUGACCAGAAACACACGUGUGAUCUCCCUGAAAAUGUUUCCUGUGAAGAACGGCGUAAAAGAAAUGAAAUAGACCCCACAACAGAACAACACUAUAUUUUACCGGAGGAGUGUAAGGAUCUGCAGGGAAUGUAUGCCAUUAAGGACAGACCAAGUUCGUAUUACCUUUGCAGUCACGGCGUAGCCUUUGAAAUGCGGUGUCCAGAUGGUGGCGUGUUCUCAAGCAAAGCCAAGAAAUGCAUCUUAAGGAAGUAAAAACUAGACUACAAAACAAGCACUGACAGGCUACAGUUUUUAACAAAACCUGUAUUAGAUAAAGUGAUUUUCUGGUCCUUCACCCUGCAUCUGUUAGUGAUGAUUGUAAAUAUAAUGAUAAUUUAA